AGUACGAAUUGCGACGUGUUGUUGAUCGACCUAACCUUGAUUUCGCUGAAUUUUUUGCACGCAUCUAGAUAGAGAAAGAAAUUUCGAAUUCUCAAAGCUGUGUAUAAUUCUUUGAGAAAUCUGCAAAAAAAAAGAUAUACUUACGCAUGACGAAAGUCAAGACGUUGCUAAGAAAACGUAUCUAGAAUCUAGAACGAAAUAGCGUUUCAUGAAUGACCGGCUAAUUGAAUGCAUUGUCUAGAAGUUCUCAAGACGGUGUUAUCAAAAAUCAAGAAAAUGUUUAAGAAAUUCGACGAAAAGGACAGUGUUUCUGGCGUUCAACAAUUGAAGUCGUCUGUACAGAAAGGAAUCCGUGCAAAGCUCUUGGAGUUGUAUCCUCAUCUAGAGAGCCAUAUAGAUGUUAUAAUACCAAAGAAAGACGCUUUUCGCAUUGUGAAAUGCCACGAUCAUAUAGAGAUCAUAGUGAACACAGCAGGAGAUCUGUUAUUCUUUCGCCAACGUGAGGGCCCAUGGAUGCCUACUUUGAGAUUACUACAUAAGUAUCCAUUCUUUCUUCCAAUGCAACAAGUAGAUAAAGGUGCCAUUAGGUUUGUUCUUAGCGGUGCAAAUAUAAUGUGUCCUGGUUUAACGUCAAAGGGUGCAAAGAUGAUGGCUGUAGAUAAAAAAACAGUUGUCGCCGUUAUGGCUGAAGGCAAGCAACAUGCAUUAGCUGUUGGAAUUACAACAUUGUCAACAGAAGACAUCAUCAAGGUAAAUAAAGGAGUAGGCAUCGAAAACUGUCAUUAUUUGAAUGAUGGACUUUGGCAAAUGAAAGCAGUGAAGUGAGACUGAUUGAACUGUGAAUUCAGGAUAUAAUCAAAGAGCCAUUUUGUAUACAUAUGUUCUUUUAUUCAAUUUUACUUUACCAUGUAAUCAUUUCAUAUGGAACAAUUUCAGGAUAAUGUUUGUGUCCACAGUGUUAUGGAUCGUAAUAAAAUCAAGUUUAUUAUUAUAUUUUUAUCAUAUAAAUUAAAACGAGUUCUUGCUGGCGCAAGGAUAUAGAGAUAAAUAUAGAUAUAUCAUGUAAACGCGGAAAUCUAGAAUAGCGUUUGUAAAAUAAAAAAAAUAUUUAA